CCCCAGACUCUUCGUGGUUCAGCCGUCGGGAUCUGCUGCAGCUGCAGGGAGCUGGGAUUCUGCACACAGAGGAAAAGUGGACUGUUGACCGAAGCGUGAUGUGUGCACGACUCUGUUUGAUGACAUAUUUAACUCUGAUUGUCAGCUUGACUUUAGGUUUGGAGCCAAACAAAAAAAUGGAGUUUACGUUUGUAUUACCUGCUGGCAGCACUGAGUGCUUUUUCCAACCAACCGCAAAGGACGACAGCAUGGAAGUUGAAUACCAGGUGAUAGCAGGGUCAGGUCUGGACGUUGGGUUGGCCAUCAUCUCACCUAGCGGAUACCGGGUGAUCUCUGACUUCAGGACGUCUAAUGGCAUCCACAUGGUGGAUCCCACAGAGGAUGGAGACUACCGGUUGUGUUUUGACAACAGCUUCAGCAAACUCUCUCAGAAGAUGGUGUUUUUCGAGGUUAUCCUAAAAAGCCAGAGCAACACGGACGGAGGCCGGGAUGAGUGGGCGGAUAUCGCUUUGACAGACGGCAUGUUAGACUACGAAGUGGACGACAUCAGGGCAAGAUUGGACUUUGUGUACGAGCACCUGGAGAGGAGCCGGCAGGUCCAGGCCGUGCUGCGGGCCUUUGAGGCCCGAGACCGCUACCUCCUAGAGGACAACCUGUGGCGAGUUUCCUUCUGGUCCUGCUUGAAUCUGGCUGUCAUGCUUACUGUCGCCGUUGCUCAGAUUUACACACUCCGACGCUUCUUUGAUGACACCAAGAAAGUCCGCACGUGACAACGGAACUGUUUCAUUGCCUCUACCCAUCGCUGAGGUGACCUUGAUGACUUGAGUGACAGCUAUGAGCUGAAUUUAAAGGGACGUUUGACAUUUUUAAUCACUGGUUCAUGUUGUUAUUGAAAGGAAAAAACUGUUUUCAUAAAUUAUACUUGAAAUGAACCUGCAGUGCAAUAGUAUGUGGACACAGAUAUACUGGA